CAGCUGGAGACUUUAACGUUGGCCUAACCAAGGUGACCACUAAAAUGCCCGCUAACCCGCAUAUCACUCGUACCUCAACAGAAGUUUUGCAACCUCCAAGAUACUCGCUACCUCGAGCUUGAUACUGUUAAGUCCAUUCAUCCCUCGUCCACUAUACCCAGAACUAUUCCUUAAACUUGGUACAACAUUGGUUACUCUUUCCCACCAAUUAUCAUCUGUUCCGGCCACUUAUACAUCAGUUGGCAGCUGUGCGAUGUGCGAAUGGCGCAUCUGCGCGGACAUCGAAAAUUGGAAGUGUUAAUUUACUCCUGCUUCUUUGCGCACGAUUAUGACUUCCAUUCAAUCUGUUUUUCAAGACAGUCAACUGGUGUGUGUGCCUCACGCUCUGGUUUCUGUAUCUCUGGGAGCAGACAUACUUGGGUAAAGAUGCUAUGUUCGACGAUAAAAUGGGCCGGUUCAUUGGGUCCCAAGGCGCUGUGUGCAAGGAUUGCCCAUACGCUAAGGUUAGAACAUGGACGAAGUAUACUGAUUGCAUCAGGAUCGGCCAUGAACUCAGGCUGCGCCGGCGUCUUCAGUCGUAGCUUCGCAGGUUAUUGCCACAUCAAUAUCUAAUCUUGUUUUUAUUGCAACCAUUUGUUUUUCAACCUAGCACUGUUGUCUUGUUCUGCCAUCCUCCAAGCGACUGCGGUCGUGAGAGUUUAGCGAACACCCGCCCGAGGUUGAAGUUCCAGUUUUUUCUGAUCACUUAAGCUGGUGAAGCGCCCAGAUUUUGGGCGCAAAAUAAUUUUCAGGGUGUCAGCAAAUCCCGCGGCGCCACGAGCGAAUUUGGUUCAGAUGGCUCCCGCUAGAUCUAGAUAGAUACUUGGCUUCAUUAUAACCCUGCGGGGAUUACUAUAAUCCGUUAGUAAAUCUAACCUUAUUUAUACAAAUCGUCCGCGGUCGCUGCUAGACGAGGGAGGUCAACUGUAGCAGUUGCAUCCUUGUGAAGGGCCGCUAAAUUUGAAUAGGGGAAGAGAAGAAAUAGGCGAUUGAAUAGAUCACAGACUGCGGCCUAUGUGGCUGUUUGAAGUAAAGUGAUCCUGAGCUCGAGGAAUAGAAGAUCCUUGCCAUCUUUUAGUUGUCGGCGACAGCUUGGCACUGCUCUAGAGUCUUCGACUACUCUUAC